GUGAUAACCGACGUCGUACAGUUUCUGCACCAAAAUAGACACCUACAUUUGGUUGCGUUGUCGGAUGGCAUAACACUCGGAACAACUGUAAGGUGUAUGCAGUCCAACUUCUCAUGGAGUAGCGCUAACGUUGCUGCACACAAUCUCUUUUAUCAACAAACUGUACAGAAUACCAAUGCCGCCUGGGUAAAUAAGUCUCUGGAACUUAAAGUCCGAAGUUUCGGUGGUCCUAUGACAUUUGCCUUUCUCUCAACAGGAAGGGUGCUAAGUAAACCCCUUCAAGAAUUCCAGUUCCAGUCUGCGGGAUACGGUUGCCUUAUUUUAGGGAAGUAUAGGCCAGACCUGAAUGGUAAAACGCCUUGUAUGGUAUGGGCGCCCCAAAAUGACUAUGCGAAGUUGAGAUGGGAGUGCGCCUUCAUAAUUGAAGAAUACUGCGAAGAGCCUUACAGAAUUCCAUCAGGAAGUGUUGCUGCAUGCCCGUAGGUUCAAUAACGUCGUCUCCCACGUUUCUUCCUUACAUUGAAACUGUUGUAGAGGCUACGAGU